AUGUCAGCAGUGACCAAUCAGCCUCUUCCCUUUGGUCGACUGGAGCGAGAGAAGCAUGUCCAGAUGAUCUUCAGAGCUUUCCAGAACCGCUGUGCGCCUUCAUGUGAGUGCCACACUGGCUCACCUGGAGCCAAACCCCACCAAACACCUAUUGACUUGGAAUCUGAUGAGCAGCCGGCAGGUCCGGCUCCUGGGAGGAAGGUGGAGGACGGCUACACGCAGCCACUGGGGAAAGCGUGCAGGCCGGGGGUGGAACAGCAGUGGCCUGGAGGUGCAGCGGGAUCACACUUUAUGUCUGUGCUGGACACAGUCAGUCAAAUACACAUCACUGUCAGACCAGAGCUGCAGGGCCCAACGUGUGUUCCCAGGAGGAUCUACAAUAUCACCACAGGAGGGUCACAGUUAUUUGUGGCCGUGGAAGAGAGCUCUUGUGUGUGCCUCCAGUGUUGCGGUCCAGCCCGGGCUUGUUCACUGCAGGGUUUUGACUGUCAGGGCCACCAGGCGUUUUAUUUUGAAAGGCCUCUCAGGGUUGACGCCUGCUGCCUCGGCUGCUGCCUGAUGGAGAUGAGGGCCUACACACCUCAGAAACAACUCAUUGGCACUGUAUGCCAGAGGUGGAGCAUGUUCACCCCUCUUCUGGAAGUGUGUGAUUCUGAAGGAGCAUUUACCGUCAGAAUCCAGGGCUCCUAUUGUCCAUGCCGCUGUUUCUCCAACCAGCAAUUCCAGGUUGUCUCCAACAUUGGUGAGAAAAUAGGCACAAUAUGGAAGAAAUGUCCCACCCCCACUGACGAACAUAACAUGGACCAUGAUUUUUUUGGGUUGGAAGUGCCACUGAGGUUGGAAUCACACAAUAAACUGCUGCUGAUGGCAGCCUCUUUCUUGUUGAAUCACAUGUUCUUUGAAAUGAGCUGAUAAAUCCUGAGUCAACUGACAUUGUUGGAAGUGGUCUACAACUAAUGGACACUCCAGCCAACUCACUUUGACACAAGAGACUGCAUCAUUUGAUAGUAUUUGUAAGACAACAGUGCAGGCUUGUGUGGCAUUACCUGUGGGACAAACUUUGCUUUAAAACAAUUCAACAUUUGUGAAAGAAAAUGAAAAUGAACCAGCUUUAGCAGCAGAUGCAUAUUUGACAUUUAUUGCUAUAAUCCAUUAGGUGUACAUCCAACAGUGUUUCUUCACUUUUGACACACACCUGCAUCCAUCAUCACACCACCAAACAUGGGCAGCAUUAGUUUUUCAACAAACUAUAGGCGCUUUCUUGAUGGUUCCAAAAAAAUGCUCAAGAGAAAUUGAUCAAAACUGUAACAGACCCUGACCCUAUAUGUAUUUCUUUUAAUACAAAAUGGAAAAAGAGUGAAGGUCAGUGUUUCAGGAGUCCUAUACAACUUUAAGGACAUUAAAGCAGAUCCCUUGGAUUCAUUAAAGGCGGGGUAAAGACAACACAUACAGAAGGGAAAACUGGUUCGGGUCGGGCUUGAGGCCAGGCACAGUGAUUUAGGCAGCUUGGCAGUCCAUUCUUAAGAUGCCGGUUAUACAGCCUUCUGCCCAGCACAGGAUGGUCUUCCUCCUUUGGGAUUCAACUUCCAGGUCAAAGAUGGAGAAUCAUUGCUGAUUCAGUUAAGUGGUCUUUGAAGUGGACUGUAUUUACAAAGAUAUUGUACACAAUAAUAGUAAUCAUUCUACUUUGAAAUGACCAGAGGAAUUGUAGUUAAAAUACAGCACUAUAA